UUUAGCUCCUCAGAACCUGGCUAUGGCCGACAAGUAGGUCCUUGUCUACUCCAUCUGCAUGACGUGACCAACCGCCCUAGUACCCCAUUUUGACGCGCCUCCUGUUUAGGCUCCUCUUUUCGAGGCUCUUUAAAGCCUAGCCAUGGGGGACAAGAAGGUUCUACUCCAUCUGUAUGACGUCACCAACAGCCCUGACCCGAACGUAAACAGCACGGUGCUUCGCAUCAACGGCAUUGCGAGAAGCACCUUGGGAAUCGGUGGCAUUUUCCACGGCGCGGUCGAGGUGUACGGCGAGGAAUGGUCCUUUGGAUACUGCGAGCGCGGCUCCGGAGUCUUCAGCUGUCCUCCUAAAUCGAAUCCCUACUACACGUACCGCGAAACGGUGGACAUGGGGGAGACGAAGCUAAGCGCGAAACUCGCGGGGCAAGUCAUCGCGGAAAUGAGCGUGAAGUGGCCUGGUGCAUCGUACGACAUGCUCACAAGGAACUGUGACCACUUCUGCGACGAGCUGUGCGACAAACUGGGCGUCGUCGGGCCUAUUCCAGCAUGGGUCAAUCGGUUCGCUCGGACAGGGGACUCGGCUCUGGAGCUGUACAAUCAAGUGGGGCAGCAGCUCUUCUCAGAAGCGGCGCCAGAAACUUCCAAGAAGGUGGGCAGAGAUGACGUGGCGAAAGCAGCAGACAACCUUGUGAAGCAAGCGGUUAAAGUGGGAAUCUUCUGGGCAAACUCUUCACCCCCAAAGGCAGCAGAGGCCGUUCCUCUCCUCUCAGGUUUCCACGACUCGUUUGUGGCCUCCCUGCUUCUGCUGCACGCCUGCAGCUCUGGCGCUGCUGCCACGUGGCAUGCUGCCAUUCGCUCAGCUGCUGAGAGCGUCGUCUCAGCUGCAUCUGCCCUGCUAGAUACCGCUUUAACUACAUCAAACGCCAAUCAGCGAGCACAACGCCUCCCAAGGCAAGUGGGCGUGCUGCAGUCAGCGUGCACAGCGCUGAAGAAGCUUCCAGGAAGCAAUGAGGCGGCUGUGGGGAGGGCUCUGGUGACCGUUGCUGCUUCAAUGAAAGACGUUGCAAGGGAGCUGGGGGAGAUGGUUGGGAGAGUGGGGGAGGAGAGGGGGGAGGGGGGCGAAAAAGGGGAGGGGGAGAAGACUGGUGAGAGGGAGGAGGAGUGGAAGGCUAAUGGAGGUAUGGGAAGGAAGCAGCAAAAUGAGGAGAAUGAAGAAAACAGCAAGGAGAAAGAUGAUGAUGAUGAUGAUGAGGAGGAGGAGGAGGACGACGACGAUGACGAAGAGGAAGAGGAGGAGAGUUUGGCCGAGGAGGAGAGGGAGUUGGCGAGGAGUGGACUGUGCGUGUGUGGAGCAGCGGAAGGGGUGGUUCGGUGUCUCAUUUACCUUGUGGCCGCAUGGCCACAGCACCGGGACUCAUGGGGACAGCAGCAGCAGGCGCAACCACAACAACAGCAGGAGCAGGAGGAGGAGCAGGAACUACGAGAGCACCAGCCUAAGAGUGCAGACAAUGGCAAUGCCAGCAGCAGCAGCGGCAGCGUCUGUAGUGUGAGCAGCAGUACCGGCAGCAUGAGCAGCAGCCAGAACAGUAGCGGUAUGUUGGAAUCGGUUCUGCGUGUGUGCAUGGCAGCAAGUGAAGACGUGGAUGAGAUCGGUGCGUCCCUCUUCCCGCCUCAAGAGCCCGCCACCAUUCGCAUGAGAGCACUGCAGCUGCUGUUUAGAGCGAGAGAAUUGAAGUCACUGCUGCCACUGCCACCAGCGCCAGGAGCGUCAGAGGUUUUGGGGGGUGCGGGUGUUGCUGGUGAUGGUGCUGGUGGAAAGGUUGGGAGUGAAGGGGAAUUGGGGAGUGGAGGAGAUGUGGAGAAGAAAGGUGUGGGGAAGGGAGGGAGGAGUGUGAGUGAGUUGCAUGGGAUUAUCGGGGAGAUGGAGAGGGAUGUAGCUGCACUGUUGCUGAUCGUGGGAGAGGAGAAUAGUGGGGACGAGGUGGUGGGAAAAGAUGGAGCAAAGGGGGCAGGGGAAGCGAAGGGGAAAAAGCAGGCAAAGGCUACUGGUGUAACUGUUACAAUUGAAAGAUGCAGUCUUGAGGAUUGAGACGCAAGGGCUGGAUUCACACUGUACAAUGCGUAAUGGCAAUGUUUGAAGCAAGCAACGUCUGGAUAGUGUUGCGGGCUUGGGGUGAAACCAUCUCCUUUUCGAUGGAUUGUACGCAAAUAUGUUUUGGCUGGGCCGAUGUGUAGCAUAGAGUUUUCACAUGUGAAUAUUUGAAAGAAAUUUGGCUCAUUUUU